CGUGUUCUUAUCUAAAUGUGCUAACCUUCACCACAGACCACAUACCGCAAGAUAACGCCGCACAACACCACCCGAAAAUCCCACGCACAUCCAUCAUGGCUACGAUCAUCAAAUGGGAGCCAUCGUCCAAGGCGGAUCUCCACACCUUCUCCUUCCUCGACGUCCCCGCCGAGAUCCGCCACGAGAUCUACCGCGCCGGCGUCGUCGCGCUCCCGAAACGCAUGGUGGGCCACGUCGCGCUCUUUGCGCCAGCGGGCGCAAAACCUUUUCCCAGGUGGUCCCGGAUGCAAGAUGACGAGACAGAAAGCCGUCAAAAAAAGAUCCAGGCCCCGCGUUACCUCAUCCACGACUCCAACGCCAUCAUGGAGAAAAUGGACUCGCCCGUCGUCGAGUUCUUCACCAUUAACCGCCAGAUUACAGCCGAUGCGCAGCAGCUCUUUUACAAAGAGAACGUCUUUUGCUUUGACAAGGUCAUGAACUUACCGUGGGCGGACUACAAAAUCGCGCCUUCCGCCGCUCAGCUCAUGCGGACCGUCGAAUUCAAGAUUGGGCACGUAAAAUUCGAUCGAACCGGGCAUGGUCCCUUAUAUUAUUUGCUGUUUCGGCAGUUGACGCUCAAAUGGCAUCUUCCUACUGUACGAAAGGCCACAGUGAUCUUCGAUACGGAGACAGUGGCCUGGCACGGUAUGGCCUGCAAGCUGCAAAAGGAAUUGCUCAGUAGGACCGGGUCUGUGACUGAAGAAGGCGCUUUCGAGGGGGUUGUGGCCGCUUUCAGAACGAUGCUACGCUUUUAUGAGGUGAACGCUGCUCGACUCUGGGCGGGGGUGGAUGUCGAGUUUCGGCCGCACCUCCUGCAGGUCUGCCCGCAUGGGCUUCAGUUCUAUCGCCAGAAGCUCCAUCCGCAGCACGCAGGAGUGAGUGACGACCUACUCCGAAAGUAUAUCACUCUACAACGGCUCGUUCAUGCUCUGAGGAUGGACGCAGCACAACGAUUCCAGGCAGCUCAAUCAGCUCAGUCGCCUAUGCAACAUUUUGAUGAUACGGCCACAUUUUGUACGAACGCGUUGGACACAUCGCCGAGACCGGUUAUUGAUUUGAGGGAGGUGUGGGCAGAGGUGAAAAGGAGUUGGGAUUGAAGGGGACGGGUUGACCGCUGUUCGGCGCAUCCGCAGAUGAGUGUUCUUUCCG